CAUACCUAACGAACUAUGUGGAUAUAUUAGAGACCGAAAUACCACAUCAACUCAUACAUUUUCGUGUUUACAUAACAAACAUUUCACAAACAACAUCCAUUACACCAAAACAUUGCAUCAACACUUCGAUGUAAAAUCGAAUUCGUCACCAGACCUCCAAUAUCGACUGUUAAAACGGAAAUGAUUCCAGGCUGGACCUACAGGGACGGAACCCGAUAAUCAUACACUCAACCAAGUGACUUGUACAAUGAGGUUCUACAGCAAACUGUGUCCCAGAAAGAAGUUAAUAAUUAUCCUGACGUUUUCAGUAAUUGGAUUAUGUAUGGUUUCACUUAGACGCUCGACAUCAAAUUCUGUGAAUACAAUGACAGAAUCUGAAGGUCACGAAGUCGAACGUUUCCAUGACGACCAACAUACAGAUUACAAAACAAAAAAUAAAUCUACACAAGCAACAAAGAUUUUGAUUCUGACAUACAUGAGAAGUGGAUCGUCGUUCGUGGCCGAGUCACUGCAGCAAGGCUACAACCAUACAUUCUACAGUUUCGAACCUUUCUGGGAAAUAUACAAGAAAGGGUAUAUCACCUCAGAUAAGGUUUGUCACAGAAACAACAGAUGUAGCAUGAUUACCGAUGCGCUCAAGCUACCGGAAAUGGCAAUAUCAAUUCUCAAAGAUAUGUUUGAAUGUAAAUUAGACUCCCUGCCAGAGGAAGUGCUUCAUACCUUUUCGAAGUUUGAACAGCUGGCGGACCACACAAGACUUGAGAAGUGCUUCCCUAUUCUUAAAAAACGUCAGAGUGGAAAAAUAAAGCAGAAAACUAUCAAUCGCAUGGCCAAAACCAGAUCAAAAUGCAUUGGAUAUCUUGAAAGAAAGUGUCGUGCUUCUAAGCAACUGAUAGUGAAGUCUAUUCGUGUUUCAUUACAGUUAACAAAGGCUAUUUUAGAAAAUAUUAAAGACUUAAAAGUAAUACAUUUGAUACGGGAUCCAAGAGCAAUCCUGCAGUCCCGGAAAGGAAUAGGGGAAAUCAACAAUGAAGGCUUUGUACCAUUCACGAAACAAUUAUGCAACAGAAUGUCACGUGACAUAGACGAAGCACGUGCACUGAUGGAUUCGCACCCAGAGCGUGUUUUCCCUUUGCGGUACGAAUGUCUGGCUGAAAGACCUGUUGAAAGUCUACGUAAAAUAUACAGUGAUAUGUCGCUACCGUUCACCUCACAAACGGAAGUGUGGAUAAAUACAUAUACAAAAGGAAUGACUCCAUUAACGAGACAGAACGAGUAUGAUAGUAAUUACACUACUGAUUCAAAGGUGUUACCUUACACGACCAGUGAAACAGAACUGUUAGGAAAUCAUUCCACAGAUACUGAGCAUGUUGAUCCCACUAACCGUGACAGCAUCAGAACCGGCUACACUGUUUUCAAAGCGAAUUCCUCCCGUAUAUCUAGUGGCUGGCGUUUACGUAUGCCUUAUAGGGAGGUAACGUUGGUCGAUAGUUUAUGUGGUAAAGUGUACGAGAAGAUAGGUGUAUAUCCAUUUAAAUCACAAUUAGAACUUGAGGAUUUGAGCCACAGUGACCGAUACGAUACAAAUUAUAUUGCCAGGUACUGCAGGUAAAUAUAUAAAUUAUAAUUAUGAUCUUCCAAUCACAUUAAACUGUUGUUGUUAUA